GUCAACAUGUUUCUCCAGACACACCGGCUCCCGGACUCUCGAGCCUCUCCGGAGACAACAAUCAUCCCCCUUUGGACGGCCAGCAGCUUGACCGCCCUUCAUGCGUGCCUCCAAAACCUGUGUCUGGCUGCUCUCGACCAUUGGCGCUGUUGCGGCCAGCAGCACCUCGUCAACGGCCGGAGUCGAGUCUCUUGUCAAACGUCGUCUUCCGAACCACGCAAACUCCUUUGAAUUUGCGCUUGAGCCGUCAUCACAUGCAUCGCCUCUUACCAAUGAUAGCUAUACGGUCUCCUCAACAAAGCAUGGAAAGAUUCGAAUUGAGGGCACCACAACGAGUGCCUUGCUGUCAGGUCUUCACAAGUAUCUGUCCAGCGAGGCAAAUGUUGAUAUCUGGUGGUAUAUCGGAAGCCAGUUGGACCAAGCUCCGAGGAACUUGCCAAGGCUCAAAUCUCCUCUCACAGGCACCAGCGUAGUUCCUUACCGCUAUCACUGGAAUACUGUCACGACUUCUUAUACGAGUGCCUUCUGGUCAUGGGAGGAUUGGGAGACGCAGUUGGACUGGAUGGCGCUUCGCGGAGUUAAUCUGGCUCUUGCCUGGAUCGGUGUCGAGAAGAUUUUCAUUGAUGUCUUUACCGAUAUUGGCCUCAACGAGGAAGAGAUCAAUUCCUUCAUCAGCGGACCUGCCUUCCUUGCAUGGAAUCACUUUGGAAAUAUUCAGGGUUCCUGGAACGGCAACAUGCCUGACAAUUGGGUAGACGAUCAGUUCGCCUUGCAACUCCAGAUCCUGGAUCGCAUGAAGGAACUCGGCAUUACGCCCAUUCUGCCGGCUUUCCCAGGAUUCGUACCACGUAACAUCUCUCGCGUGUUUCCGGGCAUUUCUCUUUCCACGAGCCCUCUCUGGGAAAAUUUUGCAGAAGAUUUCAGUGCGGAUACCUAUGUCAACCCCUUUGAUCCGCACUUUACUCAACUCCAAAAACUCUUCAUUGGCAAGCAGCAAGAACUAUAUGGCAAUGUGACAAAGUUCUGGACCCUUGAUCAGUUCAACGAAAACCAGCCACUCUCUAGCGAUUUGGGCUACCUUCGAAAUGUCAGUCAAAACACCUGGACUGCCCUCAAAUCUGCCUCGCCGGACGCAAUUUGGGUGAUGCAAGCCUGGUUGUUUUCCGCAGACAGUGCAUUCUGGACAAAUGAUGCCAUUGAGGCUUUCUUGGGUGGUAUCACGGAAGAUUCAGACAUGCUGCUUCUCGACUUAUUCGCUGAAUCAGCUCCUCAGUGGCUCCGUACCAACUCUUUCUACGGCAAGCCUUGGAUCUGGUGCGAGCUUCAUGACUAUGGUGGCAACAUGGGCUUAUACGGCCAAAUCGAGAACGUGACCAUCAACGCUAUGCAAGCUGUGCGAAACUCAAGCUCUCUUGUCGGAUUUGGUCUGACCAUGGAAGGCCAAGAGGGUAAUGAGAUCAUGUAUGACCUGCUGUUGGAUCAAGCUUGGAGCUCUAAGCCCAUCGACACCGAGACUUACUUCCAUGACUGGGUCUCGGCCAGAUAUGGAACGGAAAAUGUGAAGAGCUUGUAUACCGGAUGGGAGCUCCUCCGUCCUACCGUGUUUAAUAACACAAACUUAAAGGUCAAUGCUGUUCCCAAGUCAAUCUUGGAGCUGAUCCCCAACAUCAACGGUCUCCUUGGCCGUGUCGGUCGCCAUGGCACCACAAUCACAUACGAUCCUGCUGUCAUGGUUGAGGCCUGGGCAGAGCUCUUCAAGGCCGGCCUGGAAGAUGUGAAGCUGUUUGGCAAUCCCGCGUACCAGUACGAUCUUGUCGACUGGACCCGUCAAGUUCUCGUCAACAAUUUCGACGACCUCUACAAGGACCUUGUUACGGCAUACAAUAGCUCCGCAAGCGCCAGUGAGAUUAGAUCUCGCGGAUCUAAGCUCACUGCUCUACUGAAGACUCUUGAUGCAGUUCUUGCUACCAAUGAGAAUUUCCGACUCUCAACCUGGAUUAACGCCGCUCGCGCAACCAACCCGUCAAACACGAGCUUCCUCGAGUACAACGCCCGCAACCAGGUCACUCUGUGGGGGCCUACUGGGCAAAUUGAAGAUUAUGCAUCGAAGCAGUGGGCUGGAUUAGUUGGAGAUUAUUACCUCGGACGAUGGGAACAAUUUAUCGACUACCUUGCGACAACCAAGCAUUCAAACUACAACCAGACUGCCUUUUAUCAUAAAUUGCAGGCUUGGGAGAUACAAUGGGGUAAUCAGAUCUCUGGCAAAAGCUCCAAGGCUACGAGCACAGGGGGCAACGGAGUCCAGGCCGUGCUGCAGACAAUUAUCAAAACCUGGGGCAACCUUUUUAUAAUAGCAUAGUUACUUAUAAUUCCAUAAUGGAGCUAUUUUUUUACAAC